CUCUUCGCUUCACAGCUCGCGGUGGCGCAAAGGGGACCGAGCGACCGACCGAGCGACCGACCGCAAGAAGCACACGUCAUUUGCGGACAGAGUUGUGGAGGAUCAUCUCAGCAGCGAGGUGCGCGCCCGCGCGCUCGCUCGCGUCAUGGCCUCCAAAGAGAGCAGCACAGCGUCGGGCUUUGCCACGAUCAGCAGGGAAAUGACAGAGAACAUCAAGAAGUUGCUGGAGAAACAGACCAUUAAAUUUAUGAGAGCCAUCAAACUGGACACCAAAAGCGGCAAAUCGGAAGACAGGAUUCUGGUCCUUGCGACAUGGAGGCUGUAUCUCUUUGCUGUCAAAGUGCCUGCAAAGGUGGAGGUCACGUUCAACUUCUUGGAAAUACGUGCAAUGAACACUUAUCAAGAACAUCAGGUUAUAAUCGAUACAGACAAGACCACUUAUUCGCUGAGACUGGAGACCCAGGACCAGUUGGAUCACAUGGUCAGUCACAUCAACUACGCCCUCUCCCGAGUCUUCAACAACUCCAUUUACGCUCCGCCUAUUUGUCGAGCGGACGGAGACGUGGCUGAUGGAAUUCACCAAUAUUCCCCCAUUUCAGAGUCAUCGUUAGAACCCCAGAAAACCUGCGGAGGUUUUUCUGAGACGUAUGCAGCUCUUUGCGACUACAAUGGAAUUGGGUGCAAAGAGGAAGUGCAGUGGGAUGUUGACACCAUCUACCACUCCCAGGAUAACCGGGAGUUGAAUUUGUUGGAUUUCAGUCACCUUGACAGCAGGGACCUGGCUGUGAUUGUGGCAUCCAUUGCGUACAAUACUUGGUUCACCAAGCUCUACUGCAAAGACAUGCGUAUUGGGUCCGAAGUGGUGGACCAGGUUCUUCACGCAGUCAGCAAGUCCAACAGCCUGGAAGAACUCACUCUGGAAAAUGCCGGACUGAAAUCAGAUUUCCCUCAGAAAAUGGCAACGGCCCUGUCGGAGAACCCAGCCUCUGUGAUCCACUCUCUCAACCUGGCACACAACACGCUUGAGAACCAAGGGGUUUCCAAUCUGAUUCAACAAGUGUGCCGUCUAAACAAGGGCCUACGCCUCCUCAAUCUCGCAAAGACUUCGCUCUCUUCCAAAGGCGUCGUGUCUCUUUCCCAGGCAUUGUGCUCAAGUGACGAUUACUCCAAUUCUUUGCUGCACCUGGACCUUAGUAAAAAUCCAGGCGUUCUGUCUGGAGACGACGCCACGAAUCUGUACCUCUUCCUCGCCCAACCCAACUGUCUCGUCCGUUUGGAUCUGUCGGGGACGGACUGCACAGUGGACUCGUUAUUUGGGGCCUUGCUGAGAGGCUGCUGUGCUGACCUUUCUUACCUGAACCUGUCCAAGAAUUGCUUCUCAAACAGGAAAGCCAGAGAUUCUCUGCCAACUUUCCGGCAAUUUUUCAGCUCAGCAUUCAGUCUGACUCAUGUCAGUCUGGCCUCCAUGAAGGUUCCUCCUGAUUGGCUGAGAGCGCUCUUCCUUGGUCUGUCUAAUAAUCCCCGUAUCAGCGAUUUGCAGUUGGACAUCAGCGCCUGUGAAUUGAGAUCUGCAGGUGCUGGAGUUAUUCAGGAGCUCUUUCCCAGGGUUUCAUGCAUUGGGACUUUAGAUAUUUCGGAUAAUGGCUUGGAUUGUGACUUGCAAGCUGUCAUCCCAGCAUUCUCCAGACACCCCUCUCUCAAACACCUGAUGCUGGGAAAGAACUUCAACAUCAAGGGCAGGUUGCUGGAUGAAAUACUGCAGAAACUGGUUCAUUUGGUUCAAGAGGAAGAGUGUGUUUUGCAGUCUCUCUCUUUGGCUGACUCCAGACUACGCCAGCGAGGCACCAUGUUUGUAAACGCUCUGGGCUCCAACACGUGCUUACGGAAAGUGGACUUGAGCGGCAACGGACUGGAGGAUUCGGGAGCAAAGAUGCUUAGCAAAGCACUGCAAAUUAACACCACACUCAGAAGUGUUACAUGGGAUCGCAACAGCACCACGGCAACGGGCUUCCAAGAUGUGGCAAGAGCAUUGGAGCACAACUUUACACUGCAGUACAUGCCCCUCCCCCUCAGCGAUGCCACACAGGCGUACCGCAGUGCCCCCGAGAAGACCGACCAAGCUCUCACCAAGAUCCAGCGCGCCCUGCUUCGAAACAACCAGACACAACGUUUCUCACAAAAGCAAGCUCUUAGGCUGCACCAGGGUCUGGUCACCAGUACGGCCGAACAGGUGAUGGAACGUUUGUGCGUGCGGGUGCAACAGCAGGUUGGUGUUCUGAAAGGCUGUGAGGAAUCAGAGGAGGUCCAAACAGCCAGGCAGAUUCUUAAAGAAGCCAGAAACUCCAGAGCUCUGUAUCCUUCCCUAUGCGAGCUGGCUCACGUGUUAUCAGUGGAUGGGCCAGUCAGACAACGACUGGAUACUCUGGCCGGGGAGCUAGCAAGGGCUGCCGACAAAGAGCUGCAGGUGGUGGUAGACUCGAUGGUGUCUCUGUGCCGCGAGCUGUGUCCCAUGUCCUGCUCAGCCGCCGAGAGACUCAGCCCACCCCUGUCGUCCAUCUCUGAGCAGGUUUCCAUCCCUCGCUCUUCCAUCCGCAACGCCCUGAUGGAGAGAGCGUCCGAGGAUAUUAACAUAGCCCUGGAGGAGGUCAAGUUGUCCGUGGUAUCGUAUUUAACCAACUCCGUCGUCGAUCAGAUUCUACAAGAACUCUACACCACGCAUAAAACACUGCUGCGGCAGGUGUCCCAGGCGAAGCGUUGGGACGAGGUGGGACAGGCGGGAAGACAUACAAUCAGACAUUCCAGAGUUGUGGAGUCUCUGGAAUUCCCAGACGAAGACGCGGGUGUCAACCUGGGAAUAGACACCAUGGCUAUAAAGAAGCGGAGCUCCAGAACCAGAAGAAUCCGUCCCGUCUCCACCAGACCAAGUCUGGGAGACGAGCCCAGUUCCUCCCCCACCCCCUGUGCUCCUCCACCCUCCACCCAUCUCUCCCACUCUGCAUCAUGGGAGUGUCUCUCCACCCUUCCCACCAAUGGCUCACCUUUGCGCCAUGUGACCCAUGUAAGGCCCCGUCCUCCACGGAAACACAGAGCACUUCACCUUCCCCCAGAAUCUCAUUACUUUGAAAACGGAGGCGUCAAUACACUAGAGGACGGACUGCCAGACUUCUACAGCAAGAGAGUUCUCCCUGACAGUCAACUGUCAUCCAUCCAUCAGGCCCAGUCACUGAGGAGGAAAAAAAGACGCAGCGUGUUGUCCAUCUUCUCUGGUUUCCGCAAGAACCGCAACUCCACCAUAUCCAACCAGGAUUUAGACAGCAGCACGUCAGAGAACGUCUACUCCAUGAUUCAGCACCCAAAGGAUGCCGGGAGAGCCGAUCAUUCUGCGCAUGGAGCAAACGGGACCGUGCCCUCACCUCAGGUCGGACAAGGUAUUCCUGUGCAAAGCUUGAGGCCUGUCAGCCCCUCCUGCCUCAUUCAGAGACAGUCCGCAGAUCUGGUCAGUAUGGUGUACAGCUGCAUCGGUGCUGACAUUGAGGAAUCGGAUGCCAGCAGCACCUGUGACACCAAAGCCACGGAGGAACUUGAUGACAGGUCGACGGGCAUCUCCGAGGCACCGACAAGUAAUCACACGAAUGGACACGAGGCGGCGGCCAAGCAGCAAGGAGAAAGGCUGCCGGAGACGACGGGCAGACAGGAGAGGAUCGUACCUCUGACUGGAUCGCGGACCGACUCGGACGAGGACGCUCAACGGAGCGACAAAGGCACAAGAGUGAGGCCUGAGCCGCCGCCGCAGAACGCCAAGCCAAGUAUUGCCAUCAUGAGGCAGAGACACCUUCAGGAGACUUUAGCAGAGGCAGGAAGGUUGGAAGUACAAGAAGAGCGGAAUGAAAGGAAACGUGAGGAAAAAGAGAAGACGCGAGGACCCGAGGGCCAGCGUCCCCUCAUUCCUGUCAAGCCUACUCUUGAAAUUGCAAGAGACAAAGCCUCUCCGGAAAGCGCCAAGAUCUCUUCCAAAAUCUCAGCCGUCACUCAGGAAGGAAGUGAUGCCCAAAGGAGCGAGUCUGUCACUCACCAAGAAGUCACCAGUGGAGAGUGGAAAAGCCCGCCAGCAACUGCCAAACUUGGAAUGGAUUCCGAUGCAGAAAGUCUUCUUGCUGAAGGUGAAAAUGAAGAGCGCAAUGGAUUUCCAGCCCCAUCGCGUGGCACGAGAAAGUCCACCUCCUUUGACACAGGCUACGAAAGUCCCCCCCACGGUAACAACGAUGCUUUAUGACGUCACACAAGGACCGGGCAAGAUUUGCAUGGAAAACAAAGGUGGACGAGGGAGGACUGGAGUGAAACGAGUUUUUAAAUGGCACUGACAAUUGUUUUGAUGAAUGCAAAGAUGUGCAUGUAUUGUAUGGUUUUUAGUUGAAGGCGGUUGCACUUGUUUUAAAUGCAUCUUUCGUACAACAGAACAGAACAGUUCCAUGUCUCCCCUCUUUGCUGCAACUCUUCUUUUAUGCACUAAAGCCCAAUGGUUUCAAAGUAUCCUGUAUUGGUGUCCCCAGCUUGUCCUUCACAGACAAUCGUCUCAAAAAAAAAGGUUUGUACUGUAUUUAUUCCAAUGGAGAUUGACAUAUUUAAUAUAAAUCGGCACUCACUUUGUGGCAAAUCUACCGGUGAACAAUCAUGCUUUUUCUCUUUUGCGAUCAUUUCUUACAUGUGAUCAAUAUGUGCUACUGUAUGCAAAUGAUGUCGAAAUGUUUUUAAUGCACUAACAAUCCCAUCCGUUGAAGCGAUGAAAUCAUCUCGAUCAGUUCGCCUUUGAAUCGGAUCUUACCAGAAGGCAAAUGUGUAUUUUUUCUAAAGAUGCUUCUGUUAAUCAGAAUAAAUAAAGACUUUACACACAC